CGCUCAGCUCUUGUCGCCUCUUAUUGGGUCCCUCGAAGUCCCGUGGGCGAAAGCUCAUUGCUAUGGACAGUGCUAUCACCCUGUGGCAGUUCCUUCUUCAGCUCCUGCAGAAGCCUCAGAACAAGCACAUGAUCUGUUGGACCUCUAAUGAUGGGCAGUUUAAGCUUUUGCAGGCAGAAGAGGUGGCUCGUCUCUGGGGGAUUCGCAAGAACAAGCCUAACAUGAAUUAUGACAAACUCAGCCGAGCCCUCAGAUACUAUUAUGUAAAGAAUAUCAUCAAAAAAGUGAAUGGUCAGAAGUUUGUGUACAAGUUUGUCUCUUAUCCAGAGAUUUUGAACAUGGAUCCAAUGACAGUGGGCAGGAUUGAGGGUGACUGUGAAAGUUUAAACUUCAGUGAAGUCAGCAGCAGUUCCAAAGAUGUGGAGAAUGGAGGGAAAGAGAAACCACCUCAGCCUGGUGCCAAGACCUCCAGCCGCAAUGACUACAUACACUCUGGCUUAUAUUCUUCCUUUACUCUCAACUCUUUGAACUCCUCCAAUGUAAAGCUUUUCAAAUUGAUAAAGACUCAGAAUCCAGCCGAGAAAAUGGCAGAGAAAAAAUCUCCUCAGGAGCCCACACCAUCUGUCAUCAGAUUUGUCACGACACCUUCCAAAAAGCCACCGGUCGAACCUGUUGCUGCCACCAUUUCAACCGGCCCCAGUAUUUCUCCAUCUUCAGAAGAAACUAUCCAAGCUUUGGAGACAUUGGUUUCCCCAAAACUGCCUUCCCUGGAAGCCCCAACCUCUGCAUCUAACAUAAUGACUGCUUUUGCCACCACACCACCCGUUUCGUCCAUACCCCCUUUGCAGGAACCUCCCAGAACACCUUCACCACCACUGAGUUCUCACCCAGACGUCGACACAGACAUUGAUUCAGUGGCUUCUCAGCCAAUGGAACUUCCAGAGAACUUGUCACUGGAGCCUAAAGACCAGGAUUCAGUCUUGCCAGAAAAGGACAAAGCAAAUAAUUCAUCAAGAUCCAAGAAACCCAAAGGGUUAGAACUGGCACCCACCCUUGUGAUCACAAGCAGUGAUCCAAGUCCACUGGGAAUACUGAGCCCAUCUCUCCCUACAGCUUCUCUUACACCAGCAUUUUUUUCACAGACACCCAUCAUACUGACUCCAAGCCCCUUGCUCUCCAGUAUCCACUUUUGGAGUACUCUCAGUCCUGUUGCUCCCCUAAGUCCAGCCAGACUGCAAGGUGCUAACACACUUUUCCAGUUUCCUUCUGUACUGAACAGUCAUGGGCCAUUCACUCUGUCUGGGCUGGAUGGACCUUCCACCCCUGGCCCAUUUUCCCCAGACCUACAGAAGACAUAACCUAUGCACUUGUGGAUUGAUAGAACCGAGGAACAAAGAAAGAGACAUUCAAUGUGAUUGCAUUUGAAGUGAGCAAUUGAUGGUUCUACAAUGCUGAUAAUAGACUAUUUUGAUUUUUGCCAUUCCCCAUUGAAAACAUCUUUUUAGGAUUCUCUUUGAAUAGGACUCAAGUUGGACUAUAUGUAUAAAAAUGCCUUAAUUGGAGUCUAAACUCCACCUCCCUCUGUCUUUUCCUUUUCUUUUUCUUUCUUUCCUUCCUUCCUUUUCUCCUUUCAAAAUAUUUUGAGCUUUGUGCUGAAGAAAUUCUUGGUGGGGUUUAGCGGCUGUGCUUUGCAAGAGCAAUUAAGAACAAAGUUACUCCUACUGGCUAUUGGGACCCUUUGGCCAGGAAAAAUUAUGCUUAGAAUCUAUUAUUUAAAGAAAUAUUUGGGAAAUGAAUUGGCAUCUUUAGGACUAAGUGUGCUCUGUUGAAUGGCUUAAAGUGAGCUGUGGAAUGGCUUAGGAGCAGUGGAAGGAGAAGAAUCAUUCCUAUUCAUACAAACUAAGAUUGGAGCAGUCAUACUGGGGAGAUGGUUUUGUGUGAACUAUAACAUGUGUAAGCAACUCCAUGAAAAGGCGUCUUGUUUACCUUUAUUCAGGGUGGGUCUCUUAGCCAUAUGUAUGAUCCUGUCUGAACCUGUCAACAGAGCAUGGAGCUAGUCUAUUUCACUGUAGAAAGGUUUUUAGACCUGGGGUUUAAGACAGUUUUUGGAACACCUAGUAAGAAUAUGGGACCUCACAUCUAGCACAGAAAUGCUAUUUGCUCUCUGGGUGGUAUGAUUGUAUGCCCAUGGAAUACAGCAUGGGAAAUGAUCACUUUUAGGAGGAUGAACUUGGAUUUUGAAUAUUUGAAAACAUCUCUGAGUAAAAGAUUCGAUCAAAUAACUUGAAACAACUUGUAGGGGUUUUCUCAAUUAGAAGAUAACCAAGUGAAGGACCCUGUCUUUUUCCUGUUCAUUUUACCUCAUUUUCUACUAUAUAUUUAUCACCUUUCCUUUAUGUUUAAGGUUGUUAGAGGUUAUGAUAGUUUUAGAGAUGCAAUUAGGAAGGUAGAAUUCAAAGUGAAGCCUCCCCAGUCAGGAGCGAAGUAAAGAUGUGCUUAUUUCUUUCUUUCUUUUUUAUUUUUUUGAGACGGAGUCUUGCUCUGUCAC